GAAGGCAUAACCUCACUUAUCAAUAUUUUCCGUGGACCGUCUCUCAAAACAUUUUGCUUACCUUUUUGUUUCCAGUGUCAAUUCGUAAAAUGUUUUAUGGUAUUUAAUUUUUGGAUUGUGUUCGGCCAUUAACCAGGAUUCAACAUGAAGUUAAAUGUAUCAUAUCCAGCAACAGGCAGUCAAAAGCUGUUUGAAAUUGUAGAUGAGCACAAGUUACGUGUAUUCUAUGAAAAACGUAUUGGCACCGAAGUUGAAGUUGAUAUACUCGGUGAUGAAUGGAAAGGUUAUGUGCUUAAAAUAUCUGGAGGCAAUGACAAACAAGGAUUUCCAAUGAAACAAGGUGUUCUCUCUAAUGUCCGAGUGCGCCUAUUGUUAUCUAAGGGACAUUCAUGUUACCGCCCUAGAAGGGAUGGUGAACGUAAGAGGAAAUCUGUGCGUGGAUGUAUUGUUGAUUCCAAUCUUAGUGUUUUGUCAUUGGUUGUUGUCAAAAAAGGAGAAAAGGAUAUUGCUGGAUUAACAGACACAAAUGUCCCAAGACGUCUUGGGCCUAAGCGUGCAAACAAGAUCCGUAAGUUGUUCAAUUUGCAAAAAGAAGAUGAUGUACGUAAGUAUGUCAUUAAAAGACCUUUGGCAAUUAAGGAAGGAAAGACAAAACAACAUUUUAAGGCCCCAAAAAUCCAACGUCUCAUUACUCCUGUCCGUCUCCAGCGUAAACGUCAUAAUUUGGCAUUAAAGAAGAAGCGUUGCUUAAAACGUAAAGAACAGGCUACUGAAUACGCCAAGCUUCUUGCACAUAGACAAAAGGAAAAGUUGGCAAAGAAACGUGCUGAACAAAGCCGUAAACGUACUAUGUCUCAAUCAUCUGUUUCUAGUUCUGGCACAAAGAGCAGUAAAAAAUAGAAAUGGUUAAAUAAAACAUUUUUUUUAUCCAUA